CUGCUUGGUCCAAUCAGCAACUUUGUAAAAGCUGCCACUAGCUACCGUGACGCGAUGUAGUCGUAACAGGGCAUGUGUGUAAGUGAAGGUCAUGAACUUUCACCUUAUAACAGAUUUGAAGUUCGCAACUAUAUAUCAGCACUGAUCACUGAAUAUCGGACAAUGCCUGUGUCUGACUGGAAUUUGCAAACUAAGGACAAAUUCACCGUGUUUCUUUCAUAAUGAUCUGCUUACAUGGUCCCAGUGUUGAAAAACAUUUCUGCAUUAUCAUUUCACAGCUAACCAGACUGCUUCCCUUGCUCCCCACAAAGCUUAGCCAAUGUAGAUGGAGCAAAUGCUGGACAUAGAUAUGAAUGCAGGUCUUGCGGUGCAGGACAAAGUGCGCUCAUUAUGUUUGGGUGUUGAAUUGUGUGUUGUGUGUGGUGACAGGGCAUCAGGUCGGCAUUAUGGUGCAAUUAGCUGUGAAGGUUGUAAAGGGUUUUUUAAACGCUCAAUUCGUAAACAGUUGGGAUACCAGUGUCGUGGGAACAAGAGCUGUGAAGUGACUAAACACCACAGAAAUCGGUGUCAGUACUGCCGCCUUCAGAAGUGCCUAGCCAUGGGCAUGAGAAGUGAUUCCGUCCAGCACGAGAGAAAACCGAUGACUGAGAAGAGAGAUUUUUCGUCGUCUGUUGGAAUAAAUAACAGUGCUCCAGGUUUGUCAUCAAAUGCGGCAAACAAGAUUUUCAUCAGGAAGGACUUGGUUAUGGACUCAAAAUCAUCAGUGUUGCCACCUGCCUUUAGCCUUUCCGACCUUGGGUUGAUGAGUUCCAAAAUAACAGAUGGGGAUAGUUUUCAUCAGAGGUCUCCAAGUCAAGUCAGUGUUGAAGAAGAUGGUUCCACAGACAGUUUUUUAGCAAGCGAAGAUAUAAGUGAUGCUUACAGUCUGGCACGUGAUAAAAAUUUGAUUUCUCGUGCUCUGGAGACAGUAGCCAAGAACCUGAAUGGAAACGACAGUUUUGGAUUGAACAUGGAUUAUGAAAAUGAAGGGGUCUUCGAGUUGGAAGGUGUCCUGCUACUGGAACAGCAAAUUCCUUUCAACCUGCAGACACCCAGCCCGAUGCCAGCCUACCUCAACGUGCAUUACAUUUGCGAAAGUGCAUCAAGAGUUGUUUUCCUAUCAUAAAUUGCCAGACGCGUAGUAAAUAGUUUUGCUUCUGUGUGCACUUUCAGUUCUGAUACCCGUGUGGUCCUGGUACGUGGCUGCUGGGCUGAACUCUUUGCCUUGGGUUUGGCGCAGUGUUCUGAAAUAUUAUCGUUGCCCACCAUUCUGUCAUCAAUAAUAAAUCAUCUGCAAGCUUCAGUCGUGCAGGAGAAGAUUUCGGCAUUACAUAUAAAACAGGUAACGGAUCAUAUCUGCAAACUGCAAGAGUAUGUGAAUGGUAUGGCGCGACUACAGCUUGACGAACACGAAUAUGCGUACCUCAAGGCAAUAACACUUUUUAGUGCAGAUCAUCCUGGGCUGCUGGCAAGGAGACAGGUAGAGAAAUUUCAGGAGAAGGCGUUUCAAGAACUCCGCAGUUACGUGAAUCAGACCUUCCCCGAUGACAGGGAUAGGUUCCCUCGUCUUCUCCUGAGACUUCCGCCUUUGCGAGCGCUUCAACCACAAGUGAUGGAAGAGCUGUUCUUUGCUGGGUUGAUAGGAAAUGUCCAGAUAGAUAGUGUGAUACCUUACAUUCUUAGAAUGGGGGCAGGAGAUUACUGUAGUCAGCUAGGUAGUGAAAACAAUGCAGACCAUGUGAAGAGAAUGUUCAAAGUUGAAAAUAAUGAGGAUGAGACGUGUUAGCAUCGACUGGUACAAGAACUGCAGCUUUUUGUAAAUGCAACACUUUUAUGGCAUUUAUAUGAUACUUUUACACUUGAGUGAAGUGUGUAGGAUCAGUGUCCUGUUAAUGCUGUGCAAUAUUGGAGUUUGCGUCUGGAACCGACGUCUUUCUGUCGUUGGUGGCGCACCGCUGCGGCCAAUUCCGCUGUGCCCCAUUUUCUUUGAGCAGUGCCUGAUUUCUUUUGCUUGAAUUCAGCAGCUAACAGUCUUCACGCUCUGUUUGAACUGCUCUGCGCGAAAAGUUGAAUCUGUCUUGACUGCUGCGUCUUGUACCCCUUGCACCUGAAAUUCCUAAGCAGGUUCCACCUUGCUGCAUAAAUAUGGAUGGUCUAGAAGCCAGUGAGUGUAUGAAACAUUGAUUUUUUUAGUUUGUUGAGUGUAACAUGUUCUUUGUAUACCAAUAUAGGAAUUGAAUUAUUAAAAAGAAGCAAUUCAUAAAAUACAUUUUUAACAUAUCUUGUUAAUUAAUUUCAGUGGGACUAAAUAAAACUCUUAAUUUCUGUGUAAUAACUUCGGUGACAUGAAAGUUUU